AUGUUUAGCCACUUUCAAGCUGUUCAUGCGCUAGUCCAGUUGUGGUGUGUUGCAUUGCUAACAGGAAUGGUGGUCUCUCCGAGCCCUAAAAUAAAAAAUAUCAACCAUCAGCGCUUUAAAAUUAUUUCUGAAGUGAAGCACGAGCCUCUCAUUUCAAAUCAAGAUUCCCUAUCUGAAGCAAUCAGGGAUCAUGCUUUUAAACAAGGUGGUGUGAAUAUGGAUGACCAUCUUCCACUUGAAAAGGCAAACAUUUUUGGAAUCGAAAAUGCGCCUCAAGAGGUCGAAAGAGAGUCAGUAAUUCUGAAGAACGGGGAAUUACCAAACAAUAGAUAUCCUCAGUUGGGUUCGCCUUCGAAGAAGAAAAUUAAACCUGUGAAUCUGUGGAAUACGAAGGGAAAAGAUAUGCAUCAAAUGAUCGGCACUCUAGAAGAUAUUUUUGGGUUUCCAAAGUGGAAGGAGGCAGAGGUAGACAUCCCGGAUGAACUCAAAGCCAAGCUACGGGAUCGUUUAGAUCCAACAAAUGUACGGCAAUACAUAAAGCAAGCGGUUUCAGAUGACUUGACUGUCAAGAAGAAAUGGCUUGGAAAGGAUCUUAAUCCAAAUUUACUCUACUUGAUGUUAAAGUCGAUGAAUAUUCGGGAGCCAGUCAAAAAGAUUGGUGUGAUUGCACCAUCGAUCUCAUUCGAAGUUUGGUCAGAGUUACGAAAGCUGUGGCGGGCGUCGAAAUCUCAAUGGGCUUCAGCCGAAAUCCAAAUUUCAACUCUUUUCACUGAUCAAUUUGAGGCCAGGCGCCGUAUACUGGCUUUCCGUCGCCUUCUCCAUCGGGUAACCAUCACUCUGAGAUGGAGCCAAUUCAAAUACCAACUGAUGAACUUGGGUAAAAUUCAACUGAGUGAGUUGGAGGAUCUAGAAGAUGCUUAUGGACUGUCAAUUAGAACCAAAUACAAUGCGGACAAUGUGGAUAAGAUUCCAAAAAAACAUUGGCAUUGGGAUACGGCGGUGGACUUUCGCGGUAGCUUGACCGUUGGUGACAUGCUGAAGAAAGUGUGCGGUGAACAUGAAGCAAAAAGACGGCAAGAACUGAAUGAUUACAAAAUGAAACGAAAAGGACCGAGUCUGUACUGGCUACAGCACGCACUAGUGAAGCACAGCGCUCAGCAGUUUGGGGUAGAUGUUUUGUCAGUUUGCAAGAUAGUAGAUUCGCUUCAAUUAUGUGACAACGGUUUUCGAAGGGUGACAUUCGAUGAAUCCUUUUCUCAACUUCUCGAAGUUUUCAUCGAGCAGAGUAGAUAUUUCCCUAGGCUUGAGUCCCCUGAACAUGUUUGGCUUGUCUGGGUUUACCAAUCAGAUUAUAAGGAUCGUCUUUUCAAGGUGGCCCGAUCAAUUGAACUUUCCGAUGAAAAAACCCCACUCUCAACAGCCGCAGCUCGACAUGCCUUGAGAGAUAAGGAAAUCUUGGAAGGUUGCACAAGUUAUGGGAGUGGUUUGGAGGUUAUGCUCUGGUGUGGAGUUGGGUUCGAUCUUGAGAAAUGGUUUAGAAUCCGGCAAAUCAGGGAUUCACAUGACCAGGAAAAAAUAAACGACCUCAUGGUUGGCUUAAGCGGGAUCUCAAAUACAGAGAGAACAGCUCUCCAAUGGUGGCAUAAAGCUCUGGACGCACACUUGGCUGAGCCUACAAUUUUGCCCCGCUUUCAUCUCAAAAUUUUGGAUUGGUUAUACCAAUUUACAAUUCCAUGGGUCGUCAUCAAGCAGCGCGCCCAGCGCAUCUUCAAGGACACAUUUGAUCAACUGAAGCCCUGGGCUUGUACCGAUCGCCAUCGGCACUCAGUCGGGUUUGGUCAGGGUUUGCAUCGGCCGGCCCGUAAGCGUAGAAUCGUUACUAGAAUUGGCUAUACCGGCAUAUAG